CAGUUAGAAGAAAAUCAAAAAUGGCUGCUAACAUGCAAGAGCUUUCGAGUGACGACCUAGCACAAAUUCUGAGAGAGCUGUUCACAGUGCAAAGCAAAUGGUAUAAUAUUGGACUCAGCCUCGGAUUGAAUCCGGCUACUCUAGACAAUAUUAACAACACAACGAAUGACGCCUGUCUUCGUGAUAUGCUCAACCAGAGGAUAAACCAAGGAGGCCUGACAUGGGAGAAAAUUGCGAAAGCUUUGGAAGAGGUCAUAGUCGGUAGAAAAGGAGUAGCCAGGCAGAUCAGAGCAAGACACCUUCCUCCUGUUGCUACACAGGCAGUCUUAACUACAGGUAACCCCAUGGCAACGAGACCACUGUCGAGCACUAAUCCAGUGAAUCCAACAGCAGGACCUAGCAACCCAUCUGGUAGUUAUCCACACAAUUCUGCUAUUUCAUUUGCUAUCCCUAUUCCUGUUGUACCGCCCCCAAAAACAAAACCUGGACCUGGAAAGAGACCACUAGAUGCCCCAAAACCUGGACCUGGAAAGAGACCACUAGUACUAGACCGCCAAAAACCUGGACCUGGAAAGAGACCACUAGACCGCCCAAUAGCUGGGCCUUCCAAGCGCCCCAAGAAAACGAAAACAGAGUACUACAAUGAAGACAUGUUCGUCAAUCCAAACACACUGCAAAGAUACCGAUGCACUCAUUGCAAGAAAGUACCGAAACAAUUCUAUCAAUGUCAGAGUAUAGCAGAUAAUAUGAAUCCAAAAAACACCUACAGUGGACUUUCCUGUAGCGACUGUAGACACCUGAAAUGCCCGGUAUGCAAAAAGAAAGAUCAGUAUGAGAGAGACACGGCUACAGACAAUAGAUUAAGAGGCUUGACUGUGUCCUGUGUGAAAAAGUGUGGAGCAACGCUACUGCUGCGUGCACUUGAUCAGCAUCUAAGCCAGGAAUGCCCAAAGAGAAGACGCCCGUGCAGGUACAGCUGGGUAGGAUGUACAUUUGUGGGAGACAGAGACACGGAGGAACUAAAACAACACGAAGAAGACAUCAAUGUGCACUUUGCGCCAGCUAUGAAUACGAUACAUAGCAUGUUUUACGAGCUCCGACAGCGUAUAGACACAGUUGAAACUUGGGGUACAAAACACCUCCAGAUAGACUUCAGUGACUGAUAGGUAGAGUACUAGUACAUGAAGGGGAGUAAGCGACUACUAUACACACCAUUUAUAUUGUUGUCUCUCUACGUCACAAACACUUGUAGUAAUGUAAACUGUGUGGGUUGACAUGACCACGUAUGGCUAAGGCCGGCAG